GGGCGCAGAGAAUCCCCAAGCAAACAAACAGGGUAGAGGGAGAGGAGAGGAGAGGAGAGGAGAGGUUGGGUCUGGGACACCAUGGCUCCGAUGAAGCUGUACGGGGCGGUGAUGUCGUGGAACGUGACGAGGUGCGCAACGGCGCUGGAGGAGGCUGGCUCCGACUACGAGAUCGUGCCCAUCAACUUCGCCACCGCCGAGCACAAGAGCCCCGAGCACCUCGUCCGCAACCCGUUUGGUCAGGUUCCAGCUCUGCAGGAUGGUGACUUGUACCUCUUCGAAUCACGAGCAAUCUGCAAGUACGCUGCUCGCAAAAACAAGCCAGAGCUGUUGAGGGAAGGAAACCUCGAGGAGGCAGCAAUGGUGGAUGUUUGGAUCGAGGUGGAGGCUAACCAGUACACCGCUGCACUGAAUCCCAUCCUCUUCCAGGUCCUCAUCAGUCCUAUGCUUGGGGGAACCACCGACCAGAAAGUUGUGGAUGAGAACCUUGAGAAGCUGAAGAAGGUGCUAGAGGUGUACGAGGCACGCCUGACCAAGUGCAAGUACCUUGCUGGAGACUUCCUCAGCCUCGCCGACCUGAACCAUGUGUCUGUCACUCUCUGCCUGUUCGCUACGCCCUACGCAUCUGUGCUCGACGCCUACCCGCAUGUGAAGGCCUGGUGGUCUGGUCUGAUGGAGAGGCCGUCUGUCCAGAAGGUCGCUGCCCUGAUGAAGCCAUCUGCUUGAAACGGUUGCCCUGUCAAUCGGUGAAUGGAAUAAGCCAAGUCUGUUCUGGGUUGUUUGCUUGUUCAGUGAUGUGUCUUCUAUGACGAAAGUUGAGUGCCUAUGUGUGAGCAUGCUUGCUUGUAACGAGACAUUGAAUUGUUCGGAAAUGAGCAUUCCUGUGCUCUUCUUGAAAAUAAACUUUGCGUUAGGUUCCUCAGGAUCUU